AUGCUUGACAGCGUCGCCAGCAGCCCCGCCCUGCUUGACAGCGCCGCCAGCAGCCCCGCCCUGCUUGACUGCGUCGCCAGCAGCCCCGCCCUGCUUGACUGCGUCUCCAGCAGCCCCGCCCAGCUUGACUGCGUCGCCAGCAGCCCCGCCCUGCUUGACAGCACCGCCAGCAGCCCCGCCCUGCUUGACUGCGUCGCCAGCAGCCCCGCCCUGCUUGACUGCGUCGCCAGCAGCCCCGCCCUGCUUGACAGCGUCGCCAGCAGCCCCGCCCUGCUUGACUGCGUCGCCAGCAGCCCCGCCAUGCUUGACUGCGUCGCCAGCAGCCCCGCCAUGCUUGACUGCGUCGCCAGCAGCCCCGCCAUGCUUGACUGCGUCGCCAGCAGCCCCGCCAUGCUUGACUGCGUCGCCAGCAGCCCCGCCAUGCUUGACUGCGUCGCCAGCAGCCCCGCCAUGCUUGACUGCGUCGCCAGCAGCCCCGCCAUGCUUGACUGCGUCGCCAGCAGCCCCGCCAUGCUUGACUGCGUCGCCAGCAGCCCCGCCAUGCUUGACUGCGUCGCCAGCAGCCCCGCCAUGCUUGACUGCGUCGCCAGCAGCCCCGCCAUGCUUGACUGCGUCGCCAGCAGCCCCGCCCUGCUUGACUGCGUGCUUGACUGCGUCGCCAGCAGCCCCGCCAUGCUUGACUGCGUCGCCAGCAGCCCCGCCAUGCUUGACUGCGUCGCCAGCAGCCCCGCAGUGUUUGACAGCACCGCCAGCAGCCCCGCAGUGUUUGACAGCACCGCCAUGCUUGACUGCGUCGCCAGCAGCCCCGCCCUGCUUGACAACGCCGCCAGCAGCCCCGCCCUGCUUGACAACGCCGCCAGCAGCCCCGCCCUGCUUGACUGCGUCGCCAGCAACCCCGCCAUGCUUGACUGCGUCGCCAGCAGCCCCGCCAUGCUUGACUGCGUCGCCAGCAGCCCCGCCAUGCUUGACUGCGUCGCCAGCAGCCCCGCCAUGCUUGACUGCGUCGCCAGCAGCCCCGCCCUGCUUGACUGCGUCGCCAGCAGCCCCCCAGUGCUUGACAGCGUUGCCAGCAGCCCUGUCCUACUUGACAGCGUCACCAGCAGCCCCGCCCCAGCUUGA